CGCAGCUGGGCACAGCGGCUGCUGCGGGAUCUGGGGCUGCUGGGGCCACAGGCGCCAUGUCGGGCCGCUCAGUGCGGGCAGAGACCCGCAGCCGCGCCAAGGAUGACAUCAAAAAAGUCAUGGCGGCGAUCGAGCGCGUUCGCAAAUGGGAGAAGAAAUGGGUGACAGUGGGAGACACAUCUCUGCGGAUAUUCAAGUGGGUGCCUGUGGCUGAUAGCAAAGAGAAAGAGAAGUCCAAAUCCAGUGGUACUGCUGUCCAGGAACCAAAUGGCUAUCCAGCUGAAACUGCAACCAACUCUUCCCUUCUCCUGGAAUUCCAAGAUGAGAAUAGCAAUCAAAGUUCCCUCUCAGAUACCUAUCAACUAAAGGCAGACAGUAGCGCUGCUUCCAGCCCCAGUCCACAGCAAAGUGAAUCCAUGAGCCCCAGCCACACCUCUGACUUCCGCACUGACGAUUCACAGCCACCUACGCUGGGACAGGAGCCCUUGGAAGAACCUGCUCUCCCUCCAUCAGAAGUAGCUGAUGAACCUCCAACCCUCACAAAGGAAGAGCCAGUUAAACUCAAGGCUCAGGUGAACGGAGGGGAGGAAGAUUCUGGUGCACCUCCACUUAAGAGAUUUUGUGCUGAUCAGAACUCCAUAUGUCAUGCAGCUUCUGAGAGCUAGCCAGUCUGCUUCAUCCUGUGAUACAGUUCUUUUCAAAACUCCACCUGCCCCUCUCUCUCAAAAUACCAGUCUGUUUGAAAGUUGGUAUUCUUCUCCACCUCCAUGUUUCUCUCCUGUGCAAUGUCCUCCAAGAAUCAACUUGCUCUUUCCAUAACCUCUCCAGAUGAAACUUUGCCCAUCCUACCUGUGUUAAGAUUUGUCCCCUUUGUGCAAUCUCCUCCCAGCCACGCCCUCUUGACUUGCACGCUUAAGGAAUGAGGUGGUUGCAACCUCUCUUGUAUACUUUUUAUUUAUCCUCUUUGUGGGCUUUGAGGACUGCAGCUAAGAAGGUUCCUGUAAGAAAGAGGAGCUCUCUGCACUUAACAGGUAGCUUGUAAGUCCAUCCCUGUCCUUUCUCUUCCAGACAGUGAAGGAUUCUCUCUGGAGGCAAGUCAGGACCUGGUGAAAGUCUGCCUGGGAUGCUGUGCAAUAGUUGUGGGGUUAAGCCAUUAGUGCUGGAGGGAGCCAAAACUUUCCCCUCCAGGGAAGGGUAGGUAGUGCUGCAGCUGAGAAGGCGUUCUAGGAAGUGAAGGCUGGGCUGCAUCUAGGUGGCUAAAGGGCUCUCCUUUGCAGUCUGGCAAACAUGGACCUCAGGGUGAAGAAUAUCUCCCCAGGUGCCAAAGGGGCAUUGUCUCUGAGCAGCCCUUCUCAGGGGUGGAAUAGCCACCUAGCACAGCUAGCACCAAUGACCCGGCCCUCUCUAGUCUCUGCAGACCUGUCCUCUCCAUCACAAUCUGCAUGUGGAACUGACUUUGUGAUCAGGGCCCUGCUGCCAUGAAAAGUGCUGGCCACGCAGGGAAGAAAAGAGAUAUUUUAGCACUGAAGAGAAUAUUUUUAAAAUUAAACUAUUUGAAAUAGUA